AUGAUCCGAAGGUUUAAUUUAUUACCGACAUUAAUCGACGAAAUCGCUUAUAGCAUCAAAACCGUUAAUGCCGAUAUUGCCCUAUUCACUGAAACUUGGUUGCGUGAUACCGUUCCUGAUAUUUCUAUUAAUAUCAAACAUCAACUUUAUAGAAGAGCCGUGCCAACCGGCUUCAUGGAGGCGUAUGUAUGUACGUAAAAGAUUCAAUACAUUGUAACAUCUUAGCAGACCUAAAUCACAGUGAUCAUGAAGUUCUUUGGGCUAAUCUUCGACCAAAACGCUUACCACGUGGUAUCUCAAAUAUCAUAGUAGCUGUAGUAUAUCAACCUCCAUGCAGCCGCGGACGACGCCACUAUGAAGGACUACCUUAUAUCGUCCUUGGAGAUCUUAGAGAUAAAAUACCCUAAUUGCGCAAUCGUACUAGCUGGAGACUUCAACAAAACGCUCCUCCCCUUGCUCCAGUCUGCUGUGAAAGUCUUUCAACUUAAACCGGUCGUUGACUUCCUUACUAGAGGAGAUAGAACUCUUGACCAAAUUUUUACCAACCUUACAGAGUAUUUCUCACCCCCGUGUAGCUUACCCGCAUUUGGUCUUUCGGACCAUCAAACUAUAUUUAUCUCGGCUAGAAUUCGUGAUAAAACCUCUAAGCCCAAACGCAAAUUAAUUACGACGAGAGAUAAACGACCCAGUAAAAUAGCAAGUGUUGGUCGAUUUCUUCAACAAGUACCUUGGUCUGACUUGUUCUUCCCAGCUCAGUCAAGUGAAGAUAAACUUAACAUCCUUACAGAUAUAAUAAAUUUUGGCCUAAAUACCAUCAUGCCCGUGUCAACCAUCAAGAUACAUGAAUCAGAUCGGCCCUGGAUGAACACUAAUCUAAAACAGCUCAUCUCUCGUCGCCAAAAAGCUUUUACAUCUGGUAACAAUCCCCUCUACAAAAUUCUAAGAAACAAAGUCAAUCAAGCAUGCAAACGCUGCAGAAAAUCCUACGUUAACAAAGUUAAAGAAAAUCUGCUGCAGAAAAUCCUACGUUAACAAAGUUAAAGGUUUACGAGAUUCCAAGCCCCGUGACUGGUGGAGAGAAGUUAAACAGAUUUGCGGCGCCAGUAAAAUUCCUAACCUUAUUACUCCAUCCAAACCUUGUCUGUGAUAAGGAAUCUCUGGCUGAAAACAUCAAUUCGGCGUUUGUCAACAUAAUGAAUGAUUCUUUACCUCUGUCAGUUUGUAUACGUGUAGAAAUGGCUGAUGAUCGACCAAUAUCUGUCACUGAACACUCUGUCGCAAGAAAGCUUUUAGAGCUAAAUGCUUCUCGUGCCAGUGGUCCCGACAACCUCCCUAACUGGGUGCUUAAAAAUUUUGCGUAUAUUCUAGAGGCCCCAAUUGCUGAUAUCCUAAAUACUCGUUCUUGGAAUGUAAAGUUCCUGACGCAUGGAAACUUGCCAAUGUCUGUCCUCUGCCUAAGGCAUCUUCUAUCUGCAACAUCAAUGAGGAUUUAAGACCAAUCUCUCUAACACCCACCCUCUCAAAAGUUGCUGAGAGCUUCAUCAUAGACAUUGCGUUGAAACCUGUUCUACUACCUAUUAUCGACCCAGGCCAAUUUGGGUUCAUCCCAGGAUCGUCAACUACUCUAGCACUAAUCUCUAUGUUCCAUCAUUGGUUACGAGCUACUGACGGCACCGCAUCCACCGUAAGAACCAUACUUUUAGAUUUCCGCAAAGCUUUUGACCUUGUGGACCAUAAUAUUUUAGUCGCCAAACUGUUUAGUAUAGGCGUAAAACCCGCGGACGUCAAUUGGAUAAUUGAUUUCCUAAGACAUAGAAAGCAGAGGGUUAAACUAAACAACAUCGUUUCCGAUUGGCUUGACGUCCCAGCAGGAGUGCCUCAAGGAACUUGUCUUGGUCCCUGGUUGUUUUUAGUACUAAUCAGUGAUCUUAAGCUACCUCAUGAAUCCUUACCUAUGUGGAAAUUCGCCGAUGAUUUCACAAUCUCUGAAGUGAUACCACCCUCCAAGCAAAGCUCUCUUCAGCAAGCUGUUGACUAUAUCGAUGCAUGGUCUCAAGAAAAUCGAUUACAAUUGAAACCAACUAAGUGUAAAGAAGUACGAUCAUGUUUCAAGAGAAACCCUCCAUCAUUCCCUGUAGUCGAACUCAAUGAUUUCCAGUUAGAAAGAGUUAGCGUGGCCAAAAUUCUUGGCGUAACAAUCCGGGACGAUUUUAAGUGGAACGACCAUAUCGGUAUUGUCACCGUAAAAGCCGCAAAACGACUGUAUCUCUUGAGACAAUUAAAAAGAGCCGGGAUCUGUCCAAAAGAUCUUAUCACUUUUUACUGUAGUGCUAUCAGAUCACUUCUGGAAUAUUCGUGCCAGUUAUUUCAUCGGAGUCUCCCUAAAUAUCUGUCAAAUGAACUUGAGAGUUUCCAAAGGCGCGCUAUGCGUAUCAUCCACCCGGACUUGAAAUAUGCUGACGCGCUAAAAGACGCCGGCAUUUGCACUCUCUUCGACAGACGAGCCCAACUAUCAAGUCAUCUUUUUGAAGAUAUUGUUAAUAAUCCGAAUCAUGAGCUCAGUGGCCUACUUCCACCGCAAGCACAUCAUCAUAACGAUUUAAGGAGCGAACGAAGGUUUAAUGUACCUGUUAGUAAGACAGAUCGUCUUAAUUUAAAAAAUCUUUUAUUGUUAGUCAUAGCUUAA